AUGUCCACGAUAUGUUGUAAUAGGUGUCCUGAAGUUCAUCGUCAAUCAACCGUUUCUGACUCCGACGUGCUCAAUGGUACCUGUAUACACAUCAUGUUGAUGCCGGAUAUAUCCAGCGCCGUACGCACAAGUCGCCGUACACACAGGUCGCCGUGUGGAUCCCGGAUAUAUCCGGCGUCGAAAUGUCAGUCUGAGAGAUCAGAUAUACGCGUAGAAACCAGCUAUCUAUUAUUUGUGCCGGAUGAAUUGUUCGAGAAAAUUGCCGAACAAACAAACUUAUAUGCAGCAAAGCAAUUAGAAGGUGGACACGUGCAUCGUUUGACAAUGUGGACAGAAACAAAUAAGUCUGAAAUGAAGAGAUUUUUUGGACUAAUUCUAUGGAUGGAAUUAGUAAAACUAUCAGCUAUACACCAAUAUUGGUCCAAUGAUCCCUAUUAUAUGCAAAUGUUCCCGAAAAAAGUGAUGUCAAGGAACAGAUUUGAACUGUUACUAAGAAUGCUACAUUUUCUAGAGAACCAAAACAGUAAUGGUUCCAAUCGUUUAUUCAAAAUACAACCAAUUAUAGACACUAUGGAAACUAAUUAUCAAAAAUAUUACAAUCCAUCCGAGGAUAUAUGUAGUGAUGAAUCCUUGGUUCCCUUUCGUGGCCGCAUUAUAUUCAGGCAAUAUUUGAAACAAAAGCGCCACAAAUAUGGAAUCAAAAUAUUUAAAUUGUACUGUGGAUCGGGAUAUACAGAUCUAUUCUAUAAGGGACACACGUUAUACACUGAUAACUGGUACACGAGCCUAGAAUUAGCGGAAAAACUGAUCCACAAAAACACCCAUUUAGUGGGAACAUUCCGUUCAAAUAGACGAGGAAAUUCGCAACAAGUUAUAUCAACAAAAUUAAAACGAGGAAAAAUCAUAGCGAAAGAAAAUAAUCAAGUAAUAACCAUUUUGAAGUGGAUGGAUAAGAAGGACAUCCUAGUUCUAUCGACAAGGCACUCGUCAGAAAUAGUGAAUGUUUAA